GUCAGCGCACGUCAUGGGGUUCAGGUGCCAGCGCGUGCGCGCGCGCAUCGCACGCUGCAGUCAGUGCAUUAUGGCCGCGCGCGCCGCUCUCGCGCUCGCCGCGCUCGCUGUGCUCGCGACUGCGCAGCCAACAUACGUGUACGUCCGAGAAGACCCGAACGUCAAUGACGUUGAUGAUAUCGACUUCGACGUCGAACAACGUCAAACCACGCAGCUUCGAGACGAACUUCGGUCCGCCAGGGAAGAUGCUCUGCUGCUGUACACGGAAUAUUCGGCGAAGGUUGGAAAGGAUAUGAAGACCUUUAUCAAGGAGAUGGUGGAUUUGAAGGAAGAGACGAAGAAAGGGGUAGAAGAAAUGCUGAAGAACGCUCCAGAACAUUGCUCGUCAAAAUUCGACCUGAGCGUAGCAGAGGCGGUGCGUGACGCACGCCGCGGCGCCACCUUCAGUGCUGAGAACCAUCAUAAGUUCCUGCUAGGACACAUGGUUGUGUUCCGAAUGCAUCUCAACAAGAGUGACGAUUAUAUCAAGAAAUGUGACAAGAUGUUUUUAGACUGCGGAUUAGCAUGUGAGACGAUGCCACGCAUGAAACGUUGGCGCAGCCUGGCCCAGCAAGAAAUCAACCGCGUCCGCGACGACAUCCUUCACUCGCGCCACGCAUACAAGGACCUAGUUGCGCACGCGACGCGGAAACUCAACCACGUGCGUAAGCACACCCGUGCUAGAGCCGACAAAGCUGUUGAGGAGCUGGAGAAGUGUAUUAAAUUGUAAUAUGCCCUUUGACCGCCAAAGACGUCAACUGACGCGCGCUGCUACAGCCCAAUAUUAACCUUAAUGCAUUUUAGGUCGGUGUCAGCAUGGUUGUAUUUUUAUCACCUGUCACUAUGCCUGUCACUUUCGCACUUACAUACUUGUUAGAACGUGACAGGCAUGGUGACAGGCGAUAAAAAUGCUACCGUGCUAAGCCCGCAGGACGCGCCGCGCACGAUAGCCGAGUUUUCAAAUAGUUAAAAGGACCUUACCUUACCUUAAUAAAGAACGCGUGCAAAUGUUCUUGUGUCUGUGUUUAUUCAGAGCACGAUUACAAUUCGCAACUAGCAUCUCUCUUUUUUUUUAAAUUUGGUAAUUCUCAAGCCAUGUAUUCAAUGCCUUUUGAAGUCCAUAUUGACGCCAGCAAAUAUGGAAUAGGUGUAAUAUUAACCCAAGUUGCAAACAAAAGCUAUAUCUUAGAGAGAGAAAAGGAGAGAGAGAAACUUGAUGUUAUAUAGUUGCUAUCGAGAGUUUGUUGUGUUCUAUGGGUCUGUGUAGAAAGAUGCUUGAAUCUUAUGUUGGUUGUUUAGACACGAAUUUUCUUAUACAUUUCGCAAACUUUGUUACGAACCGAGUAAAAAAUCUGUGCACUUUUUUUUAAGUUAAGGAUCAAAAUGUGCACAGAUUUCUAUCGACAAAAAUUAAUUCGAAUUAUAUAGCUUCAUGUUAUUUUUCCAGCUGGCACAUUGCUUGCAAGGUCCGAGUCAUAUUUUAUGCCAAAAAAAUAUCGCCCUCGAUAUUACGAUAAAAAAUAUAAAUUUCGAGCCUGUUUUUAAAUUGACUGAUUGUCACUUGUCUGAAAAAUAGAUUGGACAUUAAGUGGUUAAGAUGCCUUGCUGAAAAUGCUAGUAGGUAUGUAAAUAAAUACAUAUUAUUUUGAUGUUAUUUACAACAUUGUUUUUUAAAACCUAUAAAAAGUUUCUAAUUUUCAUUUAAGGAGAAAGUACAAUUAUAUUCGAACUUAAACUAUCGUGAGACAUAUUUCAAAAUAUUUAGAUUAGUACGGUUUCACUCAGUUAUUUUUAGUGAGUGAAACCGUACUGAUCUAAAUGUUUUUACAAUUAUAUGUUUAAUUAAUUCUAAAGUGCCAUUUAUUUUGAGCAGUCAAAUGCUCAUUUCUAUUCAUUUAUCAUCUAAGUACGGUUAUAUUAUUUAUAGUUGCGUAUUUUAUAAAUUUUAUCAUGAAUCGCGGAUAAAGUGUGCAUCAAGUUCUCAUGCUUGUCAAGAGAGUUUUAUCAAUAGCGAUAAAUGAUAAACACGCGACCAUAUUAGCCGGAAAGGAUUUAUUUAAAUGAGGUCCAUGCUUUUUUGACUUGAGAAUGAAGACUUAUAUGAAAAAAAAAUUCAAGUCUUUCAUUCUCGAUUCACACCAAAGCAUAGUAUAUUGGUCUCAUCCUUAGGAUAAAAGUCUUAACUUAUUUUAAACUAAAUUAGGUGUAAGGAGCUAUUUGUUUGUACAAAAUUUAAUUACAUUUUGUAAUGCAAUGAAGUUGGAGAAUUAAAUUUCGAAUUUUGGUUUAUUCUUAUGAUUUUAAUUUAAAUGAAUAAAGAUUGGUAAGAUAAGAUGUUAAGUUAAUUGGUUCCUAAAAAUUCAUAGGUCAAUACUUUUUUAUUCGCCAUACGGAUAAUAUUGUUUUUAUUAGGUAUUGUAAAAUCACCCAACUAGUCCAAAUAAAACUCCCAACUAUAGUCAAUACAAAAUUAACUCGAAUACCUUAGUUCCGGUAUGAAUAUUAAUAGUGUCCCAGUUUGAGACAAUAUAUUUUCAUAUAUAAGGAAGAAAAAUAUUCGCGCAACACCAAAAAAAGGAUUGGUAUUGAUGAACUUGUGAAACUUAAAAAAAAUAAAAAAUAAUGGAAAAAAGGAUAAAUAAUGAAAUUUAAUCGCGUUAGACCCGUUAAUGACAUUAAUUUUAUGGACCUUAUUUGUAUUACUGGACUAUAGUUGCGUGGUCUUACGAUACUUUUAUAAUGUACAUGACUACAUGUACAGUCAGCUGCAGAGAAAAGGUACCCCACGUCCAUACAAAUUUACAGAAAUUUGUAUGCAGGGCAAAAAAAAAAGUAGUCGACGCAGCUCGGAAAGCGGCCCGGCUAAAGUGGGACUGGGCUGGUCAUGUCUCCCGAAUGCCGAGCGAGCUGUGGGCCAAAAUCGCCACAGAGUGGCAGUCACAGAAAUAAAUAUACCAAAGAAGACGCAAAUGCAUCUACUUUGCGUGUCCGAACCCCGACCAAGCGUCGAGGUUGACCGUCGUUCUUUACAGUCCACGCCGCCGGUUGUUGCGGCCGGACGUCCAUGAAAACUUAAAAUAUGCUUCGUUGCAUGAUAAUUAACUGCAACAGCCUAAUAAUUGCGAGCACCCAAAGGCAAGAACAUAUUUCCUAUCACAGAUAAGUAAUUUUAAAAUUAUAUUAUGCGUAAAUUUUGUAUGAAAAAGUCGGCACGCUUGGUUUCAAUACAAAUCGUGGUAUUUGCGUCAUCUAGCGUAUAUAUUAAAUCUGUGGUGGCAGCCCAGCUCAAAACGAGGAUUUGGCAGACCACGUCGGCGAUGGCGAGACUAGUUAGACUCCUUUUUAAAAGAAUGGCCAGACUGCACAGGAUAGGGAAGACUGGAAAAAGUUGGGGGAGGCCUUUGCCCAGCAGUGGGACAUUAUAGACUCCUAAUAAUAAUAACUGUAUG